UUGCUAAAAAAAAACAAUAUCUAUCUUUUGCAGAUUCAUCCAAUAUCUCACAACAGUAUAAGCCAAACAAUGAAUGGGUUUCGAGGCAAAACUAAAGGGAGAGGAAGAAGAAUGAAAGAAACGCGUGCCCGCCCAGCACUACAACGCGAUGCCAUCGCGCCAAACGGACCACGAACUCGACUUAGAACUGACCGAGGUGGACCAACCAACGAAGCGGGCACUCUCAACAACCCGCAGCUGCCCGGAGCUCAGCAUCCGGCAGGCAAUGCCAACCAGCUUCAACGACACCAGGAGCCAGGGGCUGUAAACAACCCGCAGCUGCCAAAUGCUCAGCAACUAGAUGACAAUGUCAACCAGAUGCCAAGACAUCAGGAACCGGGGGCUGUUAACAACCCACAGCUGCCAAAUGCUCAGCAACUAGAUGACAAUGUCAACCAGAUGCCGAGACAUCAGGAACCAGGGGCUGUUAACAACCCACAGCUGCCAAAUGCUCAGCAACUAGCUAACAAUGUCAACCAGAUGCCGAGACAUCAGGAACCGGGGGCUGUUAACAACCCACAGCUGCCAAAUGCUCAGCAACUAGCUAACAAUGUCAACCAGAUGCCGAGACAUCAGGAACCGGGGGCUGUUAACAACCCACAGCUGCCAAAUGCUCAGCAACUAGCUAACAAUGUCAACCAGAUGCCGAGACAUCAGGAACCGGGGGCUGUUAACAACCCACAGCUGCCAAAUGCUCAGCAACUAGCUAACAAUGUCAACCAGAUGCCGAGACAUCAGGAACCGGGGGCUGUUAACAACCCACAGCUGCCAAAUGCUCAGCAACUAGCUAACAAUGUCAACCAGAGGCCGAGACAUCAGGAACCGGGGGCUGUAAACAACCCACAGCUGCCAAAUGCUCAGCAACUAGCUAACAAUGUCAACCAGAUGCUGAGACAUCAGGAACCGGGGGCUGUUAACAACCCACAGCUGCCAAAUGCUCAGCAACUAGCUAACAAUGUCAACCAGAGGCCGAGACAUCAGGAACCGGGGGCUGUAAACAACCCACAGCUGCCAAAUGCUCAGCAACUAGCUAACAAUGUCAACCAGAUGCCGAGACAUCAGGAACCGGGGGCUGUUAACAACCCACAGCUGCCAAAUGCUCAGCAACUAGCUAACAAUGUCAACCAGAGGCCGAGACAUCAGGAACCGGGGGCUGUAAACAACCCACAGCUGCCAAAUGCUCAGCAACUAGCUAACAAUGUCAACCAGAUGCUGAGACAUCAGGAACCGGGGGCUGUUAACAACCCACAGCUGCCAAAUGCUCAGCAACUAGCUAACAAUGUCAACCAGAUGCCGAGACAUCAGGAACCGGGGGCUGUUAACAACCCACAGCUGCCAAAUGCUCAGCAACUAGCUAACAAUGUCAACCAGAUGCCGAGACAUCAGGAACCGGGGAUUGUAAACAACUCACAGCUGCCAAAUGCUCAGCAACUGAUUGGCAAUGCUAACCAGUUAUCAAGAUCCUUAAUGCUGCCAAAUUUUAGCAUACCACCUCCAAAGAUUGCGCAGCGACCGUCUUCUAUCGAGCCCCAUCUGCCAUCAAAGCGCACAAUGAAAGCCAUUCAAAAGUUCAACCGCAAUUACUCGAAGCUCUUGGAACAGGUUGGAAAAAAUCAGCAGCAAUCCCAAGAGUUGUCAGGAUGGAAUCAACUGCAGCAGCAACGAUUGCAACCACAGAAGCAGCAAUUGCAACUGCAGCAGCAGCAACUGAUGCAGCAGCAAUUGCAACCACAGCAGCAGCAUUUGCAACCACAGCAGCAGCAAUUGCAACCACAGCAGCAGCAAUUGCAACCACAGCAGCAGCAAUCACAACCACAGCAGCAGCAACUGCAACUACAGCAGCAGCAAUUGCAACCACAGCAGCAGCAAUUGCAACCACAGCAGCAGCAAUCACAACCACAGCAGCAGCAACUGCAACUACAGCAGCAGCAAUGGCUAUCACAGCAGCAGCAAUUCUUACUACUGCAGCAGCAAGUGCUACCUCAGCAGCAACAAUUGCUCCUACAGCAGCAGCCGUUGCUACCACACCAGCUGCAAUUGUUACCGCAACAGCAGCCACUUCUUCAACAGCAACCUGGGAUCUUACUUCCUCCUAAUUUAGCCCAUCAGCACAUUUAUCCUCCAUUUAAUUUUCCUAAUCAUCCACCGAAUUUCUCUACUCUUUUCUAUCCGUACUUCUGCCUUCCUAAUCAAUACGCUCGUCCUUAG